GGCCCCGCGCUGGGCUUGUCGUUGCAGCUUUAAGAGGGCUCGCGGCCUGGCGGGUCCGACCCCCCCCCCGCCGCCCUGAGGGAGCCGCCGGCCCCCCCCCCCCCCCCCCGCGUCAGCCCCCUCCUGCCGCAGCACGGCGCGGGGCCGGCCCCGGCACCCCGCCGACCCUCUCCCCGGCGCCCCCCGAAGGGGGGGGGGGGGAAAGGCUGAGAGGGAGUGACCCCCGGCCCCUCGCCCCGGGCUGGGACAGCUGAGGGGGGGGGGGCGCAACAUGGCGGAGGCCAAGGAGGAGGGGCCCGGCCCCCGCGCCAGGUUUGAAGAUAAAUCUGAUGCGGUAUUUGAUAUUACAGAAAAAUGUGGUGAAAUUCUGGAUGCAGAAAUGUCUGAGGACACUGACCACAACUUAACACCUGCCCUCGACGGCAUAUCUUAUGGAAUACAGAAUCGAACAGCAUCUGAAAACUCACUGCUGGAUGAUGAUGAUGAUGAUUAUUUUCUGAACUCUGGGGAUCUUGCAGGCAUACCUGUUGUUGGGAGUGACAACGAAGAUGAUCAAAAUUUCACUCCAAAAGACACUCUUUCUUCAGCAAUUCAUGAUGAAGACCAUCUGGAAGAGGGCAAGAGAGUUACAGAACAUGAAUUGGACAGUGAAAAAGAAAUUCAGAUUCAGAAUGCAAUCCAAAAGGAUCUCACUUCACCAUUUGAGCAGGGCCCUGUAUUUAAAUCAAUUCGAAAAGAUUUUAGCAUAACAAGAGAUAAUGGCAAAGAGACUUUUUCAGCAAAGGACAAGAAUAGAGAAGGACAUUUUCAAGAACGUGAAAAACGGUUGGAAAAAGUCCCUAAAGAUAUGGAUUCUAGAUUGAAAAGCAGUUUUCUUGACAAAGCAGUUCAUAAUCAAGUAGAAGAAACAUUACGGACGCAGUUAGCGCCACAAACUCCAGAAACUAACUUCAGGGAGUCUAGCUACCUAUUUUCUAGUAAGGAAUCUAUUGGACAAGAGCUGGGGAAUUCCUUUGCACCAAAUAUUAGAAUUAAGGAGGAGCCUUUGGAUGACGAAUAUGAUAAAGCUAUGGCCCCACAGCAGGGACUAUUAGACAAAAUUAAAGAUGAACCUGAUAAUUCCGAGGAGUACGGCCAACAGCCAAAAACUCAGGAAGGGGAGCUGAAAAUCAGUGCUGUAUUUUCAGUCAGUGGCAGUCCUCUUGCUCCACAGCUGUCAUCAGGUUUCCAGCCUGCUGUGGCAUCCUCUGGCAUGAGUAAAAUGCUUCCUUCAGUUCCAACCACAGCUGUUCGGGUUUCCUGUUCUGGCUGUAAAAAAAUCCUGCAGAAGGGGCAAACUGCAUACCAGAGGAAAGGCUCUACCCAGCUCUUCUGCUCCACACUGUGCCUCACUGGAUACACUGUUCCAGCUUCUCGCCCACCAGCUUCUACCAAGAAAACCUGCUCAAGCUGCUCAAAAGACAUUCUAAAUCCAAAGGAUGUAAUCACUGCCCAAUUUGACAACACAAACUCCAGUAAGGAUUUCUGCAGCCAGUCUUGUCUUUCUACAUAUGAACUGAAAAGGAAACCUGUUGUUACUAUUCAUACUAACAGCAUUUCAACCAAGUGCAGCAUGUGCCAGAAGAAUGCAGUGAUUAGACACGAAGUGAAUUACCAGAACGUUGUACACAAGCUCUGCAGCGAUGCCUGCUUCUCCAAGUUCCGCUCGGCUAACAACUUGACCAUGAACUGCUGUGAGAAUUGCGGAGGAUACUGCUACAGUGGCUCUGGCCAAUGUCACAUGCUUCAGAUAGAAGGACAGUCAAAAAAGUUCUGCAGUUCAACAUGUGUGACAGCAUACAAGCAGAAGUCAGCUAAAAUUACACCUUGCACACUGUGUAAAUCUUUGAGAUCUUCAGCUGAGAUGAUAGAGAGCACAAAUAACUUGGGAAAAACUGAACUGUUUUGCUCUGUUAACUGCUUGUCAGCGUAUAGAGUAAAAAUGGUUACUUCUGCAGGUGUUCAAGUUCAGUGCAACAGCUGUAAAACUUCAUCAAACCCUCAGUAUCACUUGGCUAUGUCAGAUGGGAGCAUACGCAAUUUUUGCAGCUACAGUUGUGUAGUAGCUUUUCAGAAUUUGUUCAACAAGCCUGCAGGAAUGAACUCGUCAGUGGUACCUCUGUCACAAGGUCAAGUCAUUGUAAGCAUUCCCUCGGGGGCAACGGUAUCGGCAGGUGGCACCACCUCGACUGUGUCCCCCAGCUCCAUGAGCAGUUCAGCUGCAGCUGGUCUACAAAGGCUGGCUGCCCAGUCCCAGCAAGUGACUUUUGCCCGCCCUGUUGUAAAACUCAGGUGUCAGCACUGCAACAGAUUGUUUGCAACCAAGCCAGAACUGCUUGACUACAAGGGUAAAACGUUCCAGUUCUGUGGGAAGACCUGCUGUGAUGAAUAUAAGAAGAGGAGCAGUGUAAUUGCAAUGUGUGAAUACUGCAAAAUUGAGAAAAUUAUCAAGGAGACAGUGCGAUUCUCAGGCAUAGAUAAACCAUUCUGUAGUGAAGGUUGUAAACUGCUCUAUAAACAUGACUUGGCUAAGCGCUGGGGAAACCACUGUAAAAUGUGCAGUUACUGUUUACAGGCUUCCCCCAAACUGGUCCAGAAUCACUUUGGGGGGAAAAUGGAGGAAUUUUGCUCAGAGGAGUGCAUGUCUAAAUUCACAGUUUUGUUUUACCAGAUGGCAAAGUGUGAUGGUUGUAAGAGACAAGGUAAACUCAGUGAGUCCAUGAAAUGGCAAGGGGAGAUCAAGCAUUUUUGCAAUCUGCUUUGUAUUCUGUUGUUCUGUAAUCAGCAAAGUGUUUCUGACCCUCCACCCCCAAACAACACAGCAAACCUUUCUAUGGCACCAGCUUCCUCAUCAGGCCCUCCUUCUUUGAGAAAGGAUUCAACCCCUGUCAUAGCAAAUGUGGUGUCCCUUGCAAGCACCCCUGCUGCCCAGCCUACAGUUAACUCCAACAAUGUUUUACAGGGUGCAGUCCCUACUGUGACAGCAAAAAUAAUAGGAGAUGCUAGUACUCAGACAGAUGCCCUAAAGCUACCACCAUCACAACCACCUAGGCUUCUAAAAAACAAAGCAUUAUUGUGCAAGCCAAUCACACAGACUAAGGCCACCUCCUGCAAACCUCACACACAAAACAAAGAAUGCCAGACAGAAGAAGAAGAAGUUGUUCAACCCCAGAUCAUUGUGGUACCUGUUCCUGUACCAGUGUUUGUGCCAGUGCCCCUUCACCUCUACACUCAAUACACACCAGUUCCACUUGGAAUGCCAGUACCUGUACCAGUUCCCAUGCUCUUCCCAACUACCCUGGAUAAUGCUGAUAAGAUCAUUGAAACUAUUCAGGAUAUCAAGGAAAAGAUUCCCACAAAUCCAUUUGAAGCUGAUCUGCUUCAGAUGGCAGAAAUGAUUGCUGAAGAUGAGGAGAAAGAAAAAACACACUCUCACGGUGGAUCUCAAACAUCUGAGCAUGAGCUCUUCCUGGAUCCCAAGAUAUUUGAGAAAGACCAAGGUAGCACUUACAGUGGAGAUCUAGAAUCAGAAGCAGUGUCCACUCCACACAGCUGGGAGGAUGAGUUAAAUCACUAUGCCUUACGAUCAAAUGCCCUGCCAGAACCAGAUCCAGAACUGAAGCAGUUCUCCAAAGGUGAUGUGGAACAGGACCUGGAGGCAGAUUUUCCAUCAGACUCAUUUGACCCUCUCAGUAAAGGACUGGGUUUGCAUUCACGUUCACGAGCAAGACGGAGACAUAGAGAUGGCUUCCCACAGCCAAAAAGACGGGGACGGAAGAAGUCUGUAGUUUCUGUAGAGCCCCGGAACCUGAUGCAGGGCUCCUACCCAGGAUGCUCUGUUUCUGGGAUGACCCUAAAGUAUAUGUACGGGGUAAACGCCUGGAAAAACUGGGUCCAAUGGAAAAACGCACAGGAGGAACAAGGGGACCUGAAGUUUUCGGUUCGUCCUGUGAAACUCAAGGAGGACAUUCUCUCAUGCACUUUUGCUGAGCUGAGUUUUGGCUUGUGCCAGUUUAUUCAAGAGGUGCGGAGACCAAAUGGAGAAAAAUAUGAUCCUGACAGCAUCUUAUAUUUGUGCCUUGGAAUUCAGCAGUACCUGUUUGAGAAUGGUAGAAUAGAUAACAUUUUUACCGAGCCCUAUUCCAGGUUUAUGAUUGAACUUACAAAACUUUUGAAAAUCUGGGAACCUACAAUUCUUCCAAACGGUUAUAUGUUCUCAAGAAUUGAAGAGGAACACUUGUGGGAAUGUAAACAGCUGGGUGCAUAUUCCCCUAUUGUUUUAUUGAACACACUUCUAUUCUUCAACACCAAAUACUUCCAACUAAAGAAUGUCAGUGAGCACCUGAAACUAUCCUUUGCCCAUGUUAGGAGACGCACCCGAACUCUGAAGUAUAAUACUAAGAUGACAUAUUUACGUUUUUUCCCACCCUUUCAAAAACAAGAGGUAGAAUCAGAUAAAUUAUCUGUAGGCAAAAGGAAACGCAGUGAAGAUGAGGAGAUUCCAACAGCAGUGGAAAUGGCUGAAAAUACGGAUAAUCCCCUGCGAUGUCCAGUCCGACUUUAUGAAUUUUACUUAUCAAAAUGUUCUGAAAGCGUGAAGCAGAGAAGUGAUGUAUUUUACCUUCAACCUGAGCGCUCCUGUGUACCCAAUAGCCCCAUGUGGUAUUCCACAUUGCCCAUAGACCCAGGAACCUUGGACAUCAUGUUAACACGUAUUCUUAUGGUGAGGGAGGUACACGAAGAACUUGCCAAAGUCAAAUCAGAGGACUCUGAUAUUGAGUUAUCAGACUAACUGAAGUGGGGUAUUUUCCUUUGAAUACGCAUCAGAAGCACCAAACUGGUGAAAAUGUGUAUCAAAUAAGCCAAGAUAGUGUCACCUACAGGCAUAUGUUGAACCACAGUGGAUGUACAAACUGGAACUGGAAGGAAGCAAGCUGUGUAAGCUGCAAAAAACAACGUCCUGUGGCACCGAUAAAUCCUCUGAACAAAUUCAAGAUGAACUAACCUAUUUGAGUGGUGCAUAAAUCCUUUAUCUGUUUAGGAUUUUAAAAAGUUGUGAGAUAUUUUUAAAGAAAAUGGUUAUGUAAAAUCUACCAUAACAAUGUUGGGCAUGGAGAGCUAGACUGUGGCUCACGUGACUUCUCAGCCUGAUGGCUGGCAGUCCUUGCUGCCAAAGAACAUGUGGAGAUCCUAGAGCUCUUCACGAGGACAGGAGAGAAAGUGGUGGUAUUUAGACAGACGCCUUCCGUUAUAAAUAUACGUACACAUAUGCUUUUAUAAUUUUUUUGAAACUGGGAUCAAAUGUUAGGACGGCAGAAGCCGCUGGCAUGUCUGCCAGGGAAGCUAUCUAAAUGGACAACUGUCUGGCUGCUGUUAAAGGGUCACACAAUGCCAGAAUCUAGCUCUCGGUCCAGGCUGAUACCAACUCUAGCUCUGUUCGGUCUUCAAUGUGGAAGAGGUGCUGUAGGUCAAACUUCAGAGCGAUUAUGUUACGGGAUGAACAUUUCUGGGGUAUGUACAGGAGAGUGACUGUCCUGGGGUAUGUGCAGAAAAUCCCUUACCUAGCCCAGUAGCUCUGCAGUCUGUUGAUAUAAUCUAGCAAAUACUGUGGUGCGCGGAAAUUUUUUUUCCCUUAAGGCAGCUUUCCUUUCUCCUCUUUCCCUACUCCUAUGUUUUUGGUUAUUUUAUAAGGCAAAUCUGGAGGGCCUUGUCAUUUCAAAUGAAAGAUCCAUGCACUCUUUCUCUUUCCACCUUUGCAACGCGUGCAGUGUUGUACAAAGGAUGCAGUAUUACUUUUGACAACAGAACUGUGGUAGAAAAUUACCAUGUGUGUUUUUUUUCCCACCCCACCCAAAGAGAUAUAGUCAUAGUGCUGGAAAUUGAAAGAGAUUUUUUUAAGGCUUGGCUGUUACUGCGUCUUUUUGAAGAGAAAAGCUCCCACUUUGUGUUUAAAGGACAGGACAUUAUCAGAUACUGUCUGUAUCUCCAUUUUCUCAAGCUAUAGAUGUGUGUUUCUGAUGACCAGUGGUCACAAAUUCAUUGGAAACCCAAACUAUUUUUAAAGAAGAGAAUUGUAUGGUUUUUAUCUAGCUCUGGUCAGUUAUCCAUCUUCUGUAACAGGGGUCUGAUAUUUGAUCUUGUCACUAAAAUUUCAAGAGAUGAAAAUCAACAGCCUUGAAUUAUAUUUCCUUUUUUUGUUUUGUUUUGUUUGUUUUUGUUUUUUAAUUAUUUUUUUAGCAGUAACAAAAGUAAUUUAACAAAAAUAAAAUCAGAAAGUAGUCUAUUGACGUUGUGUACUCGGUAGUCCUGUCCCUGCCUGUAACAGAUUUCACUGAUGUAUUUUUUAAUACAGAAAACUAUGUGAAAAGUAAACCUGCCCCUGAUUCUGUCUGAUCAAAGCCCAUCUGUGUCUGUCAUUUCUGAUCAAAGAUACUGCUUUCUCCAUGUCCUGGCCCAGCACUCCCGGGAGAGAUGUUUCGGCCAUAAUACAUACCUUGCCAGGAAACUACCCGGCACUUGGAGGCUCAGGGAUGCUUCUCUAGGCUGAUUUCUUGUUCUGUGAACACUAACCUGUCCCUCCCCAUAGUUAUACUAAAUAGUGAAAUAGCAGGCACGGUAUUUUGGAUUGGGAUGGUUGAUAGAACAUUUCAGGGAAAAUAAAAUCCUUUUGGAAAGAUUAGUGUGUAGGUCUGUAGAGGGUAGAAGAAGUCCAAGCUGUGUCUGUUGCACGCAGGUGUGCCCAGAACCUCGAUGUCAGUAGGAGAGGGGAAGGAUCCAGGAAUUUCUGUAUUUCCUGGGCAUCCCCUGCAAGAGUGCAGCUGUUCUUGGCUGCAGCAGGCUGCCUUUGCCCUCUCCCUCCUUCCCUGACCGCCCCCAGGGAAAAAGCAAGGCAGCAGUUAGGACAAGCUGUUGGGAGGGCAGGCUUUCAUUAUGUGGGGGUCGUCUAAAAAAUAAUACCACAUCUGAGUUUUCCCUUAAUAGACAUUAACAGAAAUAUUCCCAUAGAAUAAAGUAGUAUAUUUGUA